AUGAAUCUACAAGACUUACCUUUAGAUAUUUUAGUGGAAAUACUUGAUAACCUCAAUACAAGGGAGUUAUUGAUUUUUGCAUGUGCUUCUAAAGAUCUGCAUGACUUGCUAUUUGUGUUAAAUCAAAUUCAAAUAAAACCCAUAGUAUUGAGAGUUGAGUCUACUGAAAGCAGUGUUAAAUAUCUAGGACCAAAAGAAGAGUUUGAUAAUUUAACAUUAAUUCAUUCUUCUUCUAGAUUUAACAGCAUCCCUUAUGAAAAUUCACUGAACCUUUUCUUUGACACAAUAAAGUACUUCAAUAAUGCAAAACAAAGAACAAUAACUCUACAAUUUGAAUUAGACUUAAGUGAUGACAUGAGUUGUAUGCGUCAAUUGUUAGUCAAAUGUGAAACAUUGGCUAAACAGAAUUUCAAGUUUCAAUUAUCAUUAUUCAAGUUCCUUAGAAGAACUGAACUUUCAAAGUUUUCUCUUCCGAGUACGGAUCUAGAGAAGUUCAAUUGGUCAAGAGUUACGAUUGACACUAAUUGUAUUAUGAGUAACGAGCCAAUAUUUGAAGAAUUUUUAGAUUUUUUACCUAAUCUUUCAAUUUCAUGGCUAAAACAUAGUGCUGCUUUGAGUUAUAUUCAUAUAGGAGAAAGAUUCAAAUUGCAAGAAGACUUGAAUGAUUUAUAUUUUCCUAACUUGAAGCAGGUGAAAUUCGAAAUCUGCCAUAGACAAUCAUGCGAAAAUUGGUUUCAUUUUAUAGUUAGACAUAAUAUGAUGAUAGAGGACUUUAGUUUAAAACACUUUCAUGAUUUGUAUAAUUAUUCGGGGAUGGAAAAUUUAAAAAGAUUAGAAUUGGUUAAUUUUAAAUAUUCUGCCUUCCCUCAGUUUAUCGAUUUAAUUACAAGAAAAGUUGAACUCAUUGUCAAGGGAUUGGUUGGUUUCUGUUAUAUUUUGUAUUUAGUACGCCAUGAAGGUUUAGAAAUUUCUUAUCCUAAAGUGACAGUAGCAAUACACAAACCAAACCCCUGGUCUAUUUCACAUCACCGAAUAAAAGAUAAUGUUAAGAUUAUUCCACUUGAAAAGUGGGAAUACAAUCCAUUUAUAAUUCUGUGA